GAUCGUUUUGAAUGUCAACUGGGACGUUUUGCCAUAUUUCAACGUGGCUUGAAUUAAAUUUCUGAUUAUUUCGCAUUUUAAGCCACUUUUAAGAGUUUUUCCCGGAAAAUAUUUGGAAAAUUUUAAAGAAAAAUGCCGGAAAUCGUAAAAUCUUCAUGGGCUGACGAGGUUGAAUUAGACUCGGGAUCGCUGCCGCCACCCACGGAAGUCAUCGAGAACGGCACGAAAAUCGUCACGGAGUACAAAUUCAACAAAGACGACAAGAAAGUGAAGGUAGUUCGCACGUACAGAAUCACGAAGCAAGUUGUCUCGAAGAGUAUUGCACAACGAAAGACCUGGAAAAAAUUCGGGGACUCACAAAAUGACAAACCUGGCCCAAAUCCGCACACAACAAUGGUAUCGGAAGACAUUUACAUGCAGUUCAUCAGUAGCAAGGAGGAGGAGAAAGCUGUCGAAGUCGAUCCAGCCAAGAGUAUGGCCAAGUGUCGUAUUUGCAACGGGGAUCAUUGGUCCGUCAAUUGCCCGUUCAAGGGAACGCAGUACGAAAAGUUGUCGGAACCCUCGAAACCGGCUUCCAGUUCGGCGAUGGAGAGCAGCAGCGGUGGCACAAAGAGCGGCAAAUACGUGCCGCCAUUCAUGAAGGACCAAAAGGUCGGCAUGGGCGGCAUGGGAAUGCGCAACAAGGACGACACCACGGCAAUUCGCAUCUCAAACUUGUCCGAAUCCAUGGUCGAGAGCGACUUGGAGGAGUUGGUGAAGAAAAUUGGGCCCUACAGCAAGAUUUAUUUGGCGCGCGACAAAAAUACCGGACUUUGCAAGGGCUUUGCCUACGUGCACUUUAAGAAUCGCAAGGAUGCUGCGACAGCAAUCGAAUGUUUGAAUGGGCACGGUUACGAUCACUUGAUUCUCAAUGUGGAAUGGUCCAAGCCACAAAAUCCAAAUUAAGGAGCGGGAUUGUAGGGAAGUGUUCUAAAGUGUUUUUUCGAUCAAUAAAUGGUAACCCAGUAUAUUAAUGACAUCCAGAA